AGAAGGUACCUCGGGGAGAGGAUGCUCCGCUAACCCCGCUACCCCUCGCCCCCUCCCGCCCCGGGGGCGCCUCUUCUUCCCAGGCGCCUCCCCAAACUUCGGCACCUUCUCAACGGCCUUUCCCCCCCUUUUCUCUCUCCCCCCUUUUCUCUCUCUGCCCCCAUCCCGCCCCUCGGACUCUAGGAAGGGACCCCAACAAGGCGGCUCAGGGAAGGCGAGAGACGGGCAGCCCUCCGCCCCGCGCGCGCCUCGCUCCGGGGACAGUGAUACACGGGGACUGCUGGCUAGAGAAGGACAAGAGAGGGGCAUACUUGUGGAAUCGGCAUGCUGCCUUAUCUCCAGGCUGCAGAGAGAGAGACGGGAGAAGCACUGAUUGAGGCUGUGUGGCUCCUCGCUGUACUCUGAAAGAGCUUCCUUGUUGCUUUGGACACACACUUUGAACUGGGGCCAGAAUUCAAGAAUGGCACAGGUUCUGCACAUGGAGACCACUGCUUUCCCAGGGAAGGCCAAUCCCACCUCUGCUACGGCGUUCCAUGGGAAGGAACAGGACUUGCCCUAUUCCGUGGAGACUCCCUAUGGCUACCGCCUGGACCUGGACUUCCUCAAAUAUGUGGAUGACAUUGAGAAGGGCCACACCAUCAAGCGCAUUCCAGUCCACCGCCGACCACGCUACAGCUCCCUGCCAAGAGGCUAUGGUUACACCGGCUCAUGGUGGACCUCCACCGAGUCCCUCUGCUCCAACGCCAGCAUGGAUAGCCGCCACUCUUCCUAUUCCUACUGCGGGCGCAGCUUCUACCCACAGUACGCCACGCCCGGCAGCUUCAAUGCCCGCGUGGAGAAGACCUUGCUGGAUGCCAGGAAGAAGCUAGAAGACCAGGCGGAUUCUGGAGAUGGAGAAAGGACCAGGGCAGGUGGUCUCGGGAGCCUCCACAGCAGCGUAUCUGGAUCAACAAGCUCCUUGGUGGGAAGCCAGUGCCUUUCCCGCCAGACUUCCUACAAUGGCUCACAGCAAGGCGCCCCUGGGCAGUUCACGCCCAUCGGCUCAGGACUCUCCACCCCAGUCUCCCCAACGCCAGGGCACCUCCAGCAUGUCCGGGAGCAGAUGGCCGUAGCCUUGAAGAAGCUGCGCCAGUUGGAGGAGCAGGUCAAGAUGAUCCCAGUGCUACAGGUGAAGAUCUCGGUGCUGCAGGAGGAGAAGAGGCAGCUGAGUGUCCAGCUCAAGAGCCAGAAGUUCUUGGGGCACCCGGGAGGGUUUGGCAAGGGGAAAUCCAGGGGGGAGCUCUACAUAGAUAUCCCCGAGGAAGGGGCUGGUGGAAGUGAGGAGGGCAGCGCGGGGCCUGAUGCAGGAGGCAGGCUGGACAAGAAGGAAGUGAGGUCAGUGGGCGUGGGCAUGUCAGCCGAAGAGGCAGAGGUGGGGAGGUGCGAUGUUGGGGUGGCGGUCAAGGAGGAGGAGUUGGGGUUGCCUUCCCCGGAGGAGGAGAGCCAGCGCCAGGCUGUUCAGGCCCUGUCUGCCAAGAUUGCCGUGCUAGAGGUGCAGCUGAAGAGGGCGCUCCAAGAACUUCAAGCCGCCCAGCAGAAACUGGAGCUGCAGGGCAAGGAGAAGGAGGGCAAAGGAACGUCUGGUGGUGGCCUGAGAGAAUGGGAAGUAGGGGGAGAGGGUCCGGGGCAAGGGGGCGGCAGAGAGUUUCAGAGGCCCCAGGAAGUCCCCAUUCGGGUGGAUACGGUCAAGGUUGUCCAAGUGGAAAGGGAGCCAGAGGUCGCCGCCAGCACAGCCACAGGGCUGGACCACAGGCCGCAGAGGGCACAGAGCUUGGAGAACAAGGAGUCCUAUGCCAGCCUCAAAGCUCUGGCGGGCAAAGACGCAGGGUUGGAAGAAGCGAUGGUGCCACUCUAUGCCACAUAUCGCAGCAAUGAGGUGAUGGAGACCACGUUCCCGGUCCAUGCUGGCGCAGAGAGCACAGCUACCACCUUCCACACCGUGAAAAAGAUCAGCAUCAUUGGCACAGAGGGGAAUGGACAGCAGGAUACAGCAGAACUUCAUGGGUCAUUAGAGAAAUCAGUUCCUGACUCCCUCCAGACAGAGCAAGCGGCUCCCUGCAUAUCCCAGGAGCCUCAACGAGAGGCACGAGACGAGGGAGAGGACCAAGCGUCAUUCACAGCAGGGAUUCGGUCGAUCAUGAAGAAGAAGGAGGAUCCCACAGAGCUUCUGGCUAACAAGAAGAGCCUGCAGUUUGUUGGUGUCAAUGGCGGGUAUGAGUCCACCUCUUCUGAAGACUCCAGCACAGCGGAGAACGUCUCAGACAAUGAAAGCACCGAGAGCGAAUACCACGAGGCCAGUGAGGGGCUCCCUGCAGCCCAGGCAAUGGCAGCGGAGCCCCCAAAGCUGCCUGGGACAGCCGCAGCCAUAUCUCGCCCUGGAGUCUCUGCCGAGAGCAGGGAGAUGCCAGCCGCAGAAAGCGCCAGCAAGGAGCCACCAGGCAAAACAGGGACAGGACUCAGCAAGGAGCUGCUUUCAGCUUGUGAAGUCCUUCAGAAAUACCUGGAGAGCCCCAAUGAACAUAUGGACGAAGAAAUGAAAUUGGCCUAUACUGCUGUGCUCCACUAUUGGCUGAGGCUUUCCUGCCACAAAGAAGCGGAUCCAGAAUCGGUCUCACAGCACUUGGCUGCCUUCCGGUGCAUCUCCCCACACUUGCUGGAAUUCAUCAUCAAUAUGGCCGACGCCAACGGCAACACAGCCCUCCACUACACUGUCUCACAUUCCAACUUCCCAGUGGUCACAAAGCUACUUGAAACAGGUUUGUGCCACGUGGACCAACAGAACAAAGCUGGCUAUACGGCCAUCAUGCUGACGGCACUGGCUGCUUCCCGCUCAGAGAGUGACAUGGACACAAUUGUGCAGCUGCUGAAAAUGGGCAACGUAAAUGCCAAAGCCAGCCAGGCUGGGCAGACUGCACUGAUGCUGGCCGUCAGCCACGGGCGCCUGGACAUGGUUCGUGCCUUGCUAGCUAGCGCAGCGGAUGUCAACUUGCAAGAUGAUGAUGGUUCCACAGCCUUGAUGUGCGCCUGUGAACAUGGCCAUGCUGAGAUCGUCCGCCUGCUCUUGGCCACACCUGGCUGCGACGUUGCCCUCUCCGACAAUGAUGGCAGCACAGCUCUCUCCAUCGCAGUGGAAGCAGGCCAGAAUGACAUUGCCAUCAUGCUGUAUGCUCAUCUGAACUUUGCCAAAGCCUCGUCUCCGGGGAUCCCCAAACAGCUGAAAGAUGAGAACACAGCAUCUAUGUCCGGUGAUGCUCAGUAACACAAAACGAGGCGGUUUCCUGUCUGUCUACACUUCCCUUUGAAGAAGUACCUGAGAACUUGUCAAGGACUGCAGAACCUAAGCAUCCAGUGGUGCAUAAUGUAAGCAUGUAAAUCUCCCAAGAAAUGCCCUCUGUUCUCGGCCUCCCGCAACCCCUCCCAUCAGCUGGGAUCUCUCUCAUCGGCUACACUCAGUGGACUAAUUGGCCUUCCAGGAGAAGGAGCUCCCCCUACAGUUUCUGAGCGGCUACUUUAGCCUGAUCAGCUGCAAUUCUGCUAGCUAUUGAGCCAAAGAGGAAGAAUCGGCGAAGGACUUCUGGAUACAGCUUCUCGGCCAACUUGGCAUGGCUUAAAGGCUUUCCUGCUUUCUAGAGACACGUUUCCCUCUCUGCCCCACUUUCACCCAAGUCCACUGCAGGAGUAAAAGACUCUGCAAGGAGAGAGAUGUCUCUUGAGCCUGAGCUGAUGAGUUUGGGUAGUCUGGGGUUAUGGAGAAUCUAUAGAGAGACAGUGUGGAUGCCACACAUAGGCUUCUACAGCGCACUUCUUGAAUAAUCUUGGGCAUCUCUUUGUCUCAGCUCCUUCUCUCAUUGUAAAAUGGGACUUAAUGUAUUUUUAAGAGGCCUGCCUAAAUCAACUCCACACAGAAUCCAUUUUCCUUUUCUCUUUUUCAAGACAAGAAAUCCAUACUUAAACACAACAUUACUUGAAAUAAUUUGAGAAGGCCACACUGUGUGAAACAGAGCCCUGUUUUGAAUCAAUGUUUCUUCAUUUGGUUAGGAGUUUCUACGUGUGUGUGUGUUAUUGUAAUACAAACAACGUUGCAAUGGAACAAAAAUGAGUAUUUGACACAAAGGUUCGAAUGAGUGAAUUUUGCAAAUUUUGCAAAAUGUGAAUUCUCACUGAGUUCGGCAACUUGGUAAGGGAGCAAUAGUAUAUUUCCGAUGGGUGGGGUAGAUGGGAUUAGAUUUCUCUCCAAAAUGAUAAGCAUUAUUUGGCUAGGCUGCAGGCUGUUUCUUCUGCACAAGGAAAUGUUGUGGCUGAAUGCUGAUGGGCCUUUGCACAGCUCCAGUUAAACAGAUUUGCACAGGAGAUAUUCUCCCAGUGAAUUGAACCCUUUGCCCAGAGUGCUAAUCAGCUCUCCUUGUCAGUUACUUCCUACAAUCUGAUUUACUGAUGUUGGAUGACUGGGAUCUGAGGAAAAUAUCUAACUGAUAUUAUUUGCCUAAAAAUGUCAAAAUAACUCAGUUCUAAUUAGGCAAACCCAAAGUUUCCCUCUUUGGGAUUGCACGAAGCACCGAAUUCAUUCAUGGAUGCUAUGCAAGUUGAAAAAGUCCGCUUCGCUUAUUAAUUAUUUGGAGUUUUAAUACCAAAAUUUAUGUCUGUCUCUCCUAACAACCAAUGAUCAGUAGGGGAGGGGGAAAAGUAUAAUAAUUAAGAUAAACCAUAGUGGUUUUGGGGGUUUUUUUAAAUGCCAAUAAUUUGAAAUAGUAAAAGGGUACAACCUAUUUUUAUAUAAAUAUAUAUAUAUAUUAAUAUACACCAAGAAAACGACUAUAUAAAUUAUUUUAGUGCACAGAAUUUUUUAAGGAAUUCUAGAGGAGACGACGUCCAAAAUGUUAAGGUGGGUUGUGACUGGCUGGGCGAAGGACUACUGUCUGAAGCUGCAAAUCUGCCAGCCGAUAUAUUUGCACAGUCUCUAUUCUGCCUUGUGUAAAAGCCAUUAGACACUAGUUGGGCUUGAAAACAGAUGUUUAUUUGGAGCCAGUUGGCUCUUGUUUUGCUCUGAACGCACAGGCAGUACAAGUCUUUCUUCCUGGCAAUGGUUUUCUGUCGCUGCCCCCAAAGCAGACAUUUUGAACGGGCAACAGGAGGCUUUAGAAAACUGCAUGUCUUUAGGAGUGUGUUUGGAACUUGUACUUGGGCUAUCGCCUCGGAUAAAUGUAAUCUCUUUUAGGAUUGUCAUAUGAUGAUAUUUCUACACUUUUAAAGGAAGUUAAGGUCAUUUAUAGCCAUAAUAAACAUAAAAUGAUCGGA